AUGAAGAGAUUAGCGAGUUCAACAAAGCAAGAGAUCAGUGCACUGAGCAGAAUUUCACAUCAAAAUGUCAUAAAAUUGGGGGGCUAUGCAUAUGCUGAUGAAUACUUUGCAUUGGUUUAUGAAAGAGUUCAACAAGAUCUGGAAGGAUACAAACCUCCCAAUAAAGUUGAACUAGAUAACCUCCUUCUUGGGCUUGCACGUGGAUUAAGAGCAAUACACUCGGCAAAAUUCAUCCACUGGGAUAUUCAGCCGAGGAAUAUACUUCUAAUGAAGGAUGGUACUGUACAAAUUGCAGAUUUUGGUCUGGCAACGAAAAGGAAUGAGAAAAUGAAGUUCUUUAAUGAUAGAAGGCAUGGUGUCUUCAAUCCCGAUGAUACUGAGGAUGCGAAGGAGAAGUUCGAUGUUUUCUGUUUUGGAAACAUCCUGAGACAACUAGUGCUAAGAGAAAAGGAUCGGUGGAGCCCGACAAAGUGCGCUAGAACUCUUCUCUCAGAUAGAUGCAUCAGAGGGGACCCUAAUGAGCGUCCAUCCAUAGAUGAAGUUGUGUCUGCAAUAAAGUUAAAUCGUGAUGUGCUAUCACUUUUGAGAAUAAUGUUAACUUCUGAGAACAAUGUACUUAUAGAAAACUUUAUUGCGCAGGAUAUUCAGAAUGAGAUGGAACCAGAAUCGAGUUCGAGGAAACGGAAAAAGCAUUAG